AUGGCUAGAACGAGGUCUGCCAAAGCAGCAGUUGCAGGCGGCUCGACGACGGCGUCAAUGGCAGUGGCUAGCGCCCAAUCACCCACCGAUUCCGAUGUCAAGUCUAACCUCCUUAAAGCAUCGUCUCUCCAAGACUCCUUUUUUGAAGCCCCCAAUUCCACCUCCCCAACGUCAUCUGCCUCCUUUACCUUUGAUCUUCGGGUCUCAGAGUUCCCUGGUACUCCCGGAGAAAGCACCAACAGCGGCAACUCAGACGCCAAUCCAUUCUUCCACCGAUUCGAAGAAGACACCGCAGCCACCAGCCCAGGUGACGACGGCCAACAGCUCUCAUCGCUACUCCUGCCGGCCUUUGAGACAGACUGGGACGCUACUCUUCGUCAGAGGCAACGCACCUUCACUCGCAUAUCCUUCAGCUCCUCCGCAGCGAGCUCCACGACUUCCACCGCUGCUUCUGAGAACGGUGACGAAUCAGCCGACGUAGACUGGGAAACGAACAAUUUCACAGCGAUGCGACAACAACAACAAGUCAACGGCGCAGCCGACAACGGCCUCUCAGAGGCAUUUGAGCAGCACCACCUUGCCGGGCCAUGCAGCUUUCAAGACCAUCAGUACGAUCCCUCGCACUACGUCCACAACGAGCAGCAGCAGCGCGAUGCCGCCAACAGCAUCAAUCCCACGGGCGAUCACCGACCCAUCCCCUCGUUCAAUCUCGAGGACUUUAUCUCUGACGCUGCCGAGCAGCCGCAGGGAAGCGAGCCCACCAGCUCAGAGGACCAGCAGCGCAACAUCGCCUCGUGGCAGGCCGACCCUGCUUUUGGCAGCAUGUCCAACGCUGACAUGCUCGCAGCCCUUCAAGGUUCCAUCAACGAGCACAAGCGCAGAGAGACAUCCGAAUCAACAGGCACUGCCUUCAGUGGCAGCUCUGCUGGGUCACCGCCCUCACCCAAGACACCUGGGAGUCCAGGAGACAACGCAUACGGCGACAGUCAAUCAAGCCACCAGUCGUCGCCUUAUGUCACUCCAGCGCGAUGCUCGCCGUAUAACACCGUGUCACGCAGCAUGAGCUUCAACGGUCAUGCCUCGUCGCCCAUCUACGCACAGCAGCAGCAGCACCAACAUCAACAGCAGCACCAACAGCACUUCCAGUCGCCCCAGCAGCUCUUUGUUAACGGCCAAGGUGUCGUCGCUGCUUCCCCUGUGCAGCACCCCGCCUUGCUCCGAGUAGGCGGUGGCGCCCUUCCUCAGACGCCCGUACGCAGUCAGUCGACGUCCAACUUGCCCAGUAUGUUCGAUGCGAGCCUCUCGUGUAACCCAGCCUACAUCACCCCUGGAGAUGUAGCCGCCGCGACUCCUCUCGAGGUGCAGCACCAGCAGGGCUACUUCCAAGGUGGCGGUCACCGCAGCGAUUUCCCUGACAGCCCGGUUUCAUCAGCCUUCUCGUCACCCCUGCAGUGGACAGCUGUCUUGCCCAAUGACGAUGGCGCAGGAGAGGAUACCUACCGCGCUUCAGCCUAUGGUGGCGGCGCCGGCGGUCCCUCAGCCGUGGGCAUGUCAACCUCGCUCCCAUCGCGCUCCGCCCUUCUCAGCGCAGGCAGUGCCAUGGGCUCAAUGCCAUCAUCUCCGCUCUCCCUCGCCGGUCAGCCCAUGCGCCCAGGUCGCCCCUCGCUACACACCUCACCUUACAGCGUUCCGAUCCCCAUGGCAGAAGACCCGUCGUCUCGUCUGGCCCCGCCAUCAGUUAGCGGCCACCACCAUCACCUGCUUCCGCCCAAUCAUCCGCUCUCUCACCUGCACAACCCCUACAGCAACGUCAUCACCAAGCGCUCUCGCGGGCGUCGCGUGCCCAUCACGCCAGAGGAGAUGACCAAUGUAGGCAAGUCGGGCAAAGUCUACACAUGCAAGGUUCCCGGCUGUGGCAAGCUCUUCAAGCGUUCAGAACAUCUCAAGCGUCACAUCCGUAGCAUUCACACGGAUGAGAAGCCCUUCACGUGCCAGAUCUGCCACAAGAAGUUCUCGAGGCACGAUAAUCUCAACCAACAUAUGCGCGUUCACGGACCCGCCGCGGUUGCCGCCUUGGCUGCUCAAACGGCGGCAGCUGGUCAAGAUGGUGGUGGUGACUACGGAUCGUCCUCUUCCUCCUUUGGCGAUGACUCUUCACCCGGUGCUUCUCCGCUCUCCUCUGCGAGUCACCGUGGCGUGCGUCGCCACUCUUUCCUCUCGCAGGGUUCGCCAAGCCACUAUGAUGAGAUGGAGGCCCAGGGGGAGAACAAGGGCACCAUCAAGGGGCGACGGCAGACCAAUGCUUCGGCGCCAACGCUGGAUACCGAGGUGUUCGACUUCGAUGAUGGGAGCGCAGUGGAAGAUGGGGACGUGCAGCUCUUUUCGCUUUGA